CUAAACAUGCAUGCUUGCAUAUCUCACCCAUUAUUCAAAUUGAUCACAUUUCUCUAUACCGAUUCAUUUCAUGUAUAAACUCACAUCAUGUAAUGACCCAACCAUAUUUAAUUAAUUGGGUCUAGAAUGAAUCGGACCUUACCCAAUUGCCGCCCACUUGUAACUAAUCAAGUGCUUGCCUUCUUGACAGGACAACUCUGGACGAGUAUUCAUCAGAAGUUGGAAAGUUGUCAAUCAUCCUACUAGGUUUUGUGGCCAGGAACCUAGGACUCGAUCCAGAAAAGUUGAUCUCGUCGUUCAGAGAAGGUCCCCAAGGUAUAAGAAUGAACUACAUUCCAUCAUGCAAGCAAGCGAGCAAGGUCAUUGGUCUCCGCCCACAUUCCGACGUCGAUGGAUUGACAUUGUUGACUCAAGUGAAUGAAGUUCAAGGAUUACAAAUCAAGAGAGAUGGGAAAUGGGUCCCCAUUGCUCCCAUACCAGGUGCCUUCGUAGUCAAUGUCGGCGACAUCAUUGAGAUAAUGAGUAAUGGAGAAUACAAGAGCGUAGAGCACAGGGUGGUUGUGAACCCCGAAAAGGAGAGGCUGUCGAUUGCAGCAUUCCACAACACAACCUCCAAUGCCAUGAUCGGCCCAUUGCCCGACCUCAUCAAUAGGGGGGAACAGAAGCAAGCACCGAAAUAUAAAACCGUGUCUACCACGGAUUACAUCAAGCUUGUUAUGAGUUCUACACUCGAGGGAAAAUGCCUCAUUGAUGAGAUGAAGAUACGAACAGAAGCAGCAGCAGCAGUGAAGAAAAGCCCAUGAUCAAACCUAGCUUGCUAGCUAGCUGCAAAUUAGUCCAAGCUAUAUAUAUGACAUGAGUUAAAUGUUUCAGAUGCAUAAUUUCUGCGUACAUUUUGUACGUAGAUGAGAUGAGAUUCAUAUGUGCAUCCCUGUAAUCCUGGACCAUGCACGAGCAAGAUAGCGCGGAUGCAUGGGACCGUUUCUUCCAGUACUUGUGGCUAAUUAGAAUUUUUUUGUGUGUGGUUUUUCUAACAACUUUUCAUUGAGUGGAUGUAUGGAACCUGCGGGCUGUCAAUUUUAGCUUAGUUUGGCCGUGCUGUAGCUUUUGCAGAAGCCGCUUCUGGCUGGAGCUUUUAGAUAAGUAUUUUUCAAAAAAAGCAGUUGAGUGUUUGGCUGUAAAACUAUUAGAAGUGAUUUUUAAUGUGAGCGGUUGUGUAAAAUGACUAUAAAGGACUUAUAAUAUAAAAUAAAAAUAAAAAUUCUAAACAAUAAAAAGUAGUCAAAAUGAAUCUUGUUAGAUUUCUUUUAUAUUAAAUAAUAUGAUUUUAUAAUUUAAUUUAUUUUUUAAAAUGAUAUAAAUGAAGGGAAAUUAUAUUUUCUGAAAUAAAAUUAAAAUAUGGUAAGGAUAAUCUUGUAUUUUCAAACCAGCUUUUCGCAGAACCUCCAAAUCGGAGCUUCUGCUUUUAUGUUAUACAAAAGCGUUUUUCGGCUUUUCAAAAGCCGAGCUUUUAAAGGUGUUUGGCCCUGCUUCAACUUUUGAAGCCGUAAAGCACUUCUAAAAGCCGGGCCAAAAAUAGGCUUUGUUUGGUUUCGUUGACCAAACCAUUAAGCAUGAAACCAAUCAACCUAAAUCAAACCCGCGGGUAAAGGCCUUAUGAGUUUUCAGUUAAUAAAAAACCGAUAAGACUCUUAACGAUUUUGGUUUCAGUUUGAAUAAACUUUAAAAACAAAU